AUGGCCAUGCCCGUCGGCGCUCCUCCAUCCUCCAACGCGCCCAAGGACCAGCUGCCGGGACAUCCCUCUUUCAGACGCCAACGCGCAUCUCGCGCCUGCGAAACUUGUCACGCUCGAAAGGUGCGUUGCGAUGCCGCUAGUCUCGGCGUGCCGUGCACCAACUGCGUCGCCUUCUCCAUCGAAUGCAAAAUUCCCACACCGAAGCGCAAGAAGACGGCAGGAAAGAAGGACAAUGACAGCGACCGUGCCGAAUCGACCAAAGAUACGCGUUCCCCCGCCGCCAGCACCAGCGAUGCCAUCCCACGCCGGGGUGAGAUGCUCAUGUCUCGCGAUGUCCCGGCCGAGAAGAUUGGUGUCAACACCCCAGAUGGCAUGCCCAAGACCGACCACUCGGACGCCUACUAUGCCACCCAGCAGGCGAGCAAUGGCACGUAUGCGCAGUACAUGAAGCCAAAGUUUGCGAGGGCUCCCAUCAAGGAAGCUGGCCGCGUGGCAUAUCUUGGAGAAUCAUCGAAUCUGUCACUACUGGUACAGGACCGCCAUGGCACGACAGAUGUAGUCCAUUAUCCUCUACCUGAGAAUGUGCGUGGGGCUCGAGCUCGCAUCAACGAACUGGACAACGUCGAGAUCGACAUCCUACAUCAACGCGGCGCCUUCCUUCUACCGCCUCGCCAACUAUGCGACGAACUCGUCGAUGCAUACUUCACCUGGAUUGCUCCAGUUGUCCCAGUCAUCAACCGCAGCAAGUUCAUGCGACGAUACCGCGAUUCGAAGAACCCGCCAUCCUUACUACUCCUCCAAUCCAUCCUUCUCGCCGGCUCCCGCGUCUGCAACAACCCCCAGCUUAUGGACGCUAAUGGCUCCACCACCCCUGCGGCAAUGACGUUCUACAAACGAGCCAAGGCUCUCUACGAUGCCAACUAUGAGGAUGACCGUAUCACCAUUGUCCAGGCACUCAUCCUCAUGGGAUGGUACUGGGAAGGUCCAGAGGGUAAGAAUCGCGAAAGAGGAGACAUCGUCACGCACGCUCGGUCUGACCUGGCUGCAGACGUCACCAAAAACGUCUUUUACUGGAGCAGAGUAGCCGUCAUUGUCGCACAGGGGUCUGGUAUGCACCGCAGUGUUGAAGGCUCUCAGCUCAGUAAGGCGGACAAACGACUAUGGAAACGAAUCUGGUGGACACUCUUCACCCGCGAUCGUUCAGUCGCCGUGGCGCUUGGACGACCAGUCUCCAUCAACAUCGAAGAUUCCGACGUGGAAAUGGUCAGCGAGGACGACUUCAUCGACGACGAACCGGACAGGCCCGCUGAAUACCCGGCCGAUCCAAUACACGUGCAGUUCUUCCUGAACUACGUGAAGCUAUGCGAGAUCAUGGGUCUUGUGCUCUCUCAACAAUACUCCGUCUCGUCAAAGCUUCGACGCAACAACGCGCUGGACCUCACACACAGCGACAUGGCUCUUGCGGAUUGGCUGCAGAAUUGCCCGCCAGAGGUGAGGUGGGAGCCGCAACGCCACCAUUUCUGGUCUGCUUUGCUCCACGCCAAUUACUACACCACACUGUGUCUCCUCCACCGAGCGCACAUGCCCCCUGCAGGCUCGCCCGACUCACGACCGAACAACGGCUACCCAGAAGAAACCGCUUACCCCUCACGAUCGAUUGCGUACCAAGCAGCAGGCAUGAUCACGUCCAUCAUUGAAGGUCUGCAGUCGCACGACCAGCUGCGUUACACGCCGGCGUUCAUUGUCUACAGUUUGUUCUCCGCGUUGAUCAUGCACGUUUACCAGAUGCGUUCGUCCAAUCAAUCGAUUGUGUCGGCUACACAGCAGCGGCUGAACACCUGCAUGACCGCGCUCAAGGAUGUGUCAAAAGUUUGGCUGGUUGCCAAGAUGGUACACACAUUGUUUGAGUCCAUUUUGGGGAACAAGGUGCUCGAAGAGAGGCUGCAGAAGGCCGCCGGUCGGCAACACCGCAAAGCCAAACACACCAGCAGCAGCAAAGCCAGCAAAGCAACCCCGUCGAUCGAGCCGUCGUCAGAGGCGCACAAGCGCAAGUUUGACGACAUGGAGCUUGGUUAUACCAACGGCCCGCCCGCUCCACAAAUGUCGUACGAACGGUCGCGGCCACAAUCACCGGCCAUGACACCCUCGCGAGAGCUGCCACAAGGUUCUCAGGCACAGCAACCGCAACUUCCACAGAUCAGCGCUGGCAGUCCUCCUGUGCGACAGAGCACUGACGCCUUUAUGGGCACGUCACGUGCCAACACCAGACCAACCACCCCCUUCAACAACUUCUCCUACCCUGGCACGCCGCCAGACCUCUUCCUCCAUACGCGCAAUUCACCCAAAAUCUCAGAAGACCUAUGGCAGAAUUACCAACCAGACCAACUCUUUCCCCCAGAGGCCAAUACCCUUUUCCCGCUCAAUACGCAGAGUCCGAACCAGCAGAUGGUUGACCCAGCACUGCGCGGACCACCACCCCAGCAACCGCCACCACAACACUUCCAACCGCCGCCACAGAACAUGCAGACCACGCCUACGCAGAUGCAGCCGAACCCAGCGAUGCCCAUGCCUGAAGGUCAAGGCAUGAACCCGAUGGCGUAUCAUCAAGAUCCUGCCGCUUGGGCGCAGCUUAACAUGCACAACCAACAGCCACCGCCGCCGGAUGACCAGUGGAGUAAUUCCAGUAGUGCGGGUGGACCCAUCGUGCCGACGACGCUGAAUGUUGGUGACUGGUUUGAGUUCUUCGGCAUACCGAAUGGCAGCGACAUCAACGGCCUUAACGGCGCUUCGACUGGAUAUGGAUGA